AUGGAUGAUGAUAACACAACACAUACCAACAAUAACCAUAAGAAGCGCAACAGUGAUAUCACCAUGGACAUUGAUUCAGACAACAUGAGUCAGUCAGAUUAUACCCCAAGUCCUCGACCUGCAAAGAGAAAAGUCUCAAUGGCAACACGUAGGCAUUCAAGGAUGCUGUAUUUAGAAAAAUAUGGUCUCAACCAACCAGGAUGGCAUACUUCUGGAGAUGAUUAUGACUCUAACAACUCAGCAACCCCUACUGACGAAGAUCAUGGUAUGGAUUUCACAAAUGAACCUGAAGGAAUCGAAGCAGAAGCACCAACAUCACCAGCCACUUUUGCUCCAAACACACAAGCCAUAGUAGACAAUCCUGUGAAACGUCCUGUUUCUAUCCGAAAUUUCGUUCAAAAUAGCACCUUUCAAAAGCGUCCAGCUCGAUUCAUCAAACCUCAAAAGUCUGAAAAGAACAACGACGUUCCUCCUGCUGAAUUUACCGAGGCGCAUGUACUGAUGGAAGAAUACACAGAAAAGGUAUACAUGGAAGGAUAUCUCCACAAGAGAAACGACCUCAACUCCAAUGGCUCUUCAUGUGGAUCCAAGAAGUGGAGUCUCUGGUACGUUGAAUUGUGCGGCCCCGUGCUGACAUUGUGGGAGUCUGAGAGCAAGGGCAACAAGGAUGUGUACCCCCAGUACAUCAACAUCACAGAUUCCACUGUUGUCAAUGAGAGUCGUCUUACUGCUGAAACUCGGCCCAACCUCUUUUCACUGAAUUCAGCUGGUGCCAAUCGCUUUCUAUUGCAAGCCGCUACACGUGAAGAGACACAUCGAUGGAUACUGGCGAUUCGUUUAUCGUGCUUUGAAUGUUCUCGUAUACAGGAAAUCUACACCAAAUCAUUCAUCAGUCGUCCCCAGUUCAGCAGCAUUUUGGCCGCCAAAAAACCGAACGGUACUACGAUCACAGAGGGGUUUGUUCAGGUGAGAUUCCCGGGCGCAACAGGAUGGAAAAAAUUCUGGGCUGUUGUUUCCAAUUUCAAGGUCGAGAAGCGAUUGUUCAACAAAAAAACAGUACCGACGAAUGGACAAGUGAUGUUUUUUGAGUCCAGAAAAGCGAAAUACCCCAUGAUGACACUGGAGAACGUGGUACAAGCCUACACUGUGUACCCAGAAUCACCGAAAUUGAUCAACAUGGCAACGCUGUUUAAAUUGGAAGGCAGUUUGUACAAGAAUAAGCCCAACGGUCGAGGCCAACAGUUGGUCAGUGCGUCCUCCAGCGCUUUGAUGAUGUCCUCCAACACAAAUGAAUUGGUGCAGUGGCUCGUAGGCUCCUUUGAUGCAUUCAAGCUGUACGGAAGACCAGCGACAUUACUGCAAGAUCCCAAGAAUCCUCAAUCACUGAAUUUCGCAGAGAGUAUUGGCUUGUUUCUGGAGUUGGAUGAAGUGGAGAGCGUUGAUGCCGACCAUGGAAGCACUCUUUUAGGCUCCAAAAAAGAGUUCACAGCUCUCUUGCAACAGAAGUUUCUUUAUGGAUUGCCUAGACCCGCCAUUAAGACAUCAUCUUCAGCUCCUGAAAGAGCAGCUCCUGCACCACCAACACCACCACAGAGUACUGGACUUGUCAACAAUCGUAGACUUUCAAAUCGAUCCAUCAUUCCAGGCCAAUCGAGAAGCAAUCCUGCUUAUGUUCAACCUACCCAGCUUCGCACUGUGACCUGUGCAAGCGAUGUCAGUGAUGAAGACGAGGAAGAAGAACAAGCAAGCGACAGUGAUAGCGAUGCAUCCUUGUAUCAACUUGGUUCCAAGCCAAAGAAGCCACUGAACACCAUAGAUAAAUCAUCACUCGUCAAGCCCAUUACACCCAACACAUCCAAAUCCAGCUCUGAGAUAUCCGAGGUUUCGCCUGCUACUAUUCCUGCCACUGCUGAUCUGUUCUUACCUCCAGUAACUGACAUGAUGAUUGAUGACAGCUUCUCCAACGCCAUCUUGUCUCACACCAAUCCUCGAUUCCAGCCAUCAGAAAAAUACCCCAGCGACAAGACAGAGGAACACGCCAGCAGCACAUCUGAAUCUGAAGGAUCCUCCAACCACAAGCCAUCUGUCUCCAUGGGCACACCAUUCUAUGCUCAACAACGCAGCGCUUCCAUGAUGCAGCUGUCGCAACCCCCUCAGCACCCUUGGCCCAUGUUUGGCUCCACUGGGUCAGUCGUGAUGGGCGAUUAUCCUUCCUCUUUCUAUGGGCACAGCAACAAUAACAGUGCGAAUAAAUGGGAAACAUCCUCUGUAGAUCCUCGUAUGAUGGCAGGAGGAGAGCAAUCCUACUUUAGCAGCCGUGAAUCCGUUCAUCCACCUCGAGCUCUCUACGCAGGCAGUACAGCUGGAAACGAAGCAGAAGAAGAAGAAGAAGAGGACGAGGACGACAAUGUGCCGAUUGGCGACAACUUGAUUACGCGCGACAGUCUGUUGCAUCACGCCGGCAGUGAUAGAGUCUCGGCCAAGCAAGUGGAACACCAUGCUAGAGCAACUGGACAGCCCAUGAUCUACGUCAACACUAGCAAAAAGAUGGCUCCUCGUGUCGGUUUAAUGGGCGUGAUUUCUGAAAAGGAACGCGAAAAGAAGGCUGGGCGCAGUAACACCAUGGAUGAGCAAAUGAUGAUGCGUGAACGUAUGAUGUUGGAGCAAAGACAGCAGCAAAUGAUGAUGAUGCAGCAGUUUAUGCCUCCUUACAACAACGGCAUGAUGCCCAUGAUGAUGCCCAUGAUGGAUCCAAGAAUGAUGCCCAUGAUGGACCCCAGAAUGAUGCCAGCACAGCCAAUGAUGCUAUACGAUCCGCGUAUGAUGGCGUAUAUGCAACAGCAACAACCUUAUGUGUCUUCUCCAGUGGUACCCUCGCCAAGCAUCAGCAGUGGCAGCAGCAUAGUUAAUGGACCUCGUUAUCAGCAGCAGCAAUACUAUAGCAAUGACAGCACAGCCAGCCUGAAUACAGAACGAAGGGGCAAGCAAGGCUCUCCUAGAAAAGCAACGACUGCCAUGUCCUCGGCAGGAUCUAUAUCAAAUCAAAGCGUUCGCAGCACAGCAACCAUUACACGCUAUACACACAACACAAGACGCAACGCAAACCAGCAUUAA